AUGUCUAUCAUUGAUUGCCCGCCCGAAUUGCUCCAUAUGAUCGGAAGUGACCUCCAUCAGAAGGACACACGCAACCUGAUAUCCACCUCGCAUCGAAUGCACAGCGUCCAGACUUUUCUCUACACUGUGGCCCGGAACCCGGAAUUAGCUGGCUAUGUCCAGUCUCUAGCACUUGCUGGCUGGGAAACCUACCAAGACUGGGAGACCAACCGGGAACCCGAAAAAACCAUCGGAAGACCUAAUUUUGACGGUGAUCUUAUUCGGCAAUUGGUUGAUGAAGCAACCGAAUAUCCCGAAGAAGAGAAAUCGAAAUGGCUACAGGAUCUCGAGGGGUUUUUUGACGAUGCCUGGCUGGCAUUGCUCAUUCCCCGAUUGACCGGUCUACGGAAAAUUGGGUUAAAAUGGCCGUUCCGUUCCCCUCAUGUUAGCUUAAUGCUCAAAGAUGCUGCCAUAAAUGGAGGCGCUUGUUUCCCUCAUGUUGAAGAAGUUAAUAUAUGUUGGUAUGAUACGGAAAAUGCCAUCGCCUCAUAUCGAGUGCAUCCGUUCUUCUUUCCAUCUGUGCGCAAAAUUCUCAAGGAUGUUAGCCUCCCACCUCGAUGCUCAAACGUAACGGAUAUUGACCUCUCGGAAACCAAUGCCGCGGAGGGAAUGCGAGAAUGGAUUCGGGCCUGCAAAACGCUAAAGUCCUUCCGGAUCAUGCACCAUGCACCAUACGCUGGUUUCCAGCCCCACAAACUCUACAAUUCACUCUCACUGCACAAAUCCAAUCUGGAGGCUAUCUGGGUCGGGCACGACGAAUACGGGUUAGACGGCGAUAAUGAUGAUGACUGGAUGGGGUCAUUUGUCGAUUUUUCUGCCUUGAAGAUUCUCCGUCUCAGGCUAAUUAAUCUCGUGGGACUCAAUGAACAAGGCUCACUCGCACGAAAGAUAAGUGAUGUGAUUCCCUUGUCACUGGAAACAUUGUUCCUGGACAUGUAUUGGCAGGACUUUCGGGACUUCCUGGAUGACUUGGCGGAGAUAGCCAUCUCAAGGAGGUUCUCUAAGAUUGCCACGGUCCAUAUUGAGACCUACAGCAAAUGUAUUCUUCCACAGUUGAAUCCAAAAGUUGAAUGGCUACAACAGAGGUUUCGAGAGGUUGGAGUUGCGUGUCAUGUGCAUACAAGGAUUCGGGAAUCUAUGGAAGAUAUCGGCUUUGGAACAGCCUUUGGCCCCAGUGCGAGGCAGAAUACCUCAACUAUUCUUGCUAGAGACUUCCUACAUGCUUUGAAGGACACACAGGGAGGUAGAUCGCAGAAGAUAUUGUUCCUACCGGGGCCAAAUCUGGAAGGGGUGAACGUUUCCCGGCAAUCUUUCUCCGCAGGAAAAUUUCCAGCCGUAUCCUUUAUCCGCUCCCAGUAA